AUGGCCGUCGUGGACGUCGUCGACGACAAGAAGUUGAAGAAGGAGAAGAAGAGCAAGGACAAGUCAGAGAAGAAAGACAAGAAGCGCAGCGAAGCCGGUGGCGUCACCAAGGAGAAGAAGGACAAGAAGAAGGACAAGGCGAAGCAGGACAAGCUUGCGCGCGCCCUCGAUGCCCACCUCCAAGCCGAUGCCGCCGCGUCGUUCGAGGACGACAACGAUGCCGCCGCUGCUGUCGACCCCGAGGACAUCAUCAAGCCCGCCGAGGAGCUGGUCCCUUUUGCGUUGCCGCUUGCCGAUGACAAGGUCCACAAGAAGAUCUACAAGCUAAUCAAGAAGGGCGCCAAACUUAAGUCCAUCCACCGCGGCGUCAAAGAAUGCGAAAAGGCCAUCAAGAAAUGCCCUCCCAAGACCGCCUCCUCCAAGCCCGACGCGACCGCCCCCGGCCUCGUCAUCAUCGCCGGCGACAUCUCCCCAAUGGACGUGAUCAUGCACUUCCCCGUGCUCUGCGAGGAGCACGGCGUGCCCUACCUGUACGUGCGCUCGCGCGCCGACCUGGGCGUGGCGGCGUGCACCAAGCGCGCGACCAGCGUGGUGAUGCUCAAGCCCGAGGGCAAGAAGUCCAAUGGCGACACGGAGAUGGAUGAUGCGGACGACAAGAAGGUCAGCGCUGAGGAGUACCUUGAGGCGUGGACUGAACUGGCCAAGACGGCGGAUAAGCAGUGGAAGAUCCAGGUUCAGCCGUGGGUUAAGGGCACGCAUCCGCUGCAGAUUGAGGACCGCGAGCGUCAGAGGCAAGCGGCCGCGAGUGCUUGA